AUGGAAAACCACAACUCCGCCUCCCCCGCCGGCGGCGCACCCUCGAGCUCCUCGGACCCCAAAGACCCAGCCUCGUUCCUGUCCUCGAUAAUUGGCGUGCCCGUGACCGUCAAGCUCAACUCGGGCGUCGUCUACAAGGGCGAAUUGCAGAGCGUGGACGGGUAUAUGAACAUCGCGCUGGAAAAGUGCAGCGAGUACGUGGACGGGAAGCUGCGGCGCAGGUACGGCGAUGCGUUUGUCAGGGGGAAUAAUGGUAAGGUUUUUUCUUCUUCUUCUUCUUCUUCCACACCUUUCCCCCGCGACCGUGCAGAAGGACCGAGGAAGAGGAAGGGUGAUGGUGACAAGGGCAGCUAUGGUGGCUAUGAAGGAGGAUGGGAAAUUGCGAGUCAAAGGCAAAGAGGGAGAAGAAAGGAAGGAUUGGACGUGGAGACGUGGUUGAAGAGAACUAUACUGACAUGGCUAUGUGACGAUGCAGUGCUCUAUAUUUCGAGCGAGUGA